AUUGUGUUAUGUGCCCACUAGUCAUGUCGGCUUUUCCCCCGUUACCUGCGCUGGUUGUUCCCGCCACAUCCUGUUGAAGGUCGCAUCCUUCGUUUUGUUCACGCGGAGCUAUUCCUAUCCACCUGGCUUCUGUAUAUAUAUGUUAGAAGUUGUCCCAUGGCACGGAAGAUGAACGACGCGGAGAUGGUGCGUUUUAGCGAAAUGUGGACGCGAUUUUUUGUUUAUUCUUAGUAGGCGCUUCCCCACCCUUUCUUUCCCCGGGAGAGAAUUGACACACUGGGCAUGUCGUUGGUUUUUCUUUUGCAAUACGUAUAUAUAAUCUAUGCCGAGUCCACCAACCCGGGGGCAUUUGUGGGAAACAUGAGACUUCACUGAAAUCUCCCUACCCAUCCAGAACAUCCACACCAGACAUCACUAAGAAAACAUGAAAUGCGACUCACCGCAAAUCGCUUUGAAGAGAAAACGGAUAGGUGGACGGAACCAGUUCAGGGGGAAGAGAGCGUGGCAGAACGCUUCGGCUCUCAUGACCCUGCCUGCGGUGGCUCAGCCCAGCAGCCUGCCUCCCGGAACCACACUCUCUUCCUCCACUACAAUCUCACUUGCCAAUAUCUGGCCGGCGGAGAAACAAGCAUGGCCGUCGGGGACGGGUUACGGCAUCAGUGAGGUGAUUACGGUUGGGAUGGCGAUACUUAGUCGUGCGCUGGGGACAGAUGCUGUCUUGAAGAAAUACCGGGAUUUGUGUUUCCCUGAGCUGCCGCUGGACACAACGGUUGCUGGCAGCCUCUUCACCGCGGCGGACUGGCCGGAACUCCGCAUUUCCAGCGACGGCGCCAAAGGAAGCCUCAUGCAAACCGACAUCAUCCGCCACUGCGUCUUCAUCGAGCCCAACUUCUACGGGCCUGCACGGGACGCGCAAAAUGUGGCUCGCCAUCCUCUUCGCCAAGUGGGCGUCUCGGAGUCGGUCAUGUCCGCCGUGCGCGAUGCGGGUCGCGAGUUUGAGACGGCGCUCUUCGGCGGGGAGCUUGGGAUCGCUCACUUCGACAUGCAGUUCCUAUCCGAGCCAUUCUGGGCAUGA